AUGAGUGUGAGGAGAGGUGAGGCGAGAGGUGAGAACAUCGAUGCGAUUCCAUUGUUUUUCGUGGACCAUCUAAUACAGACAAAUAAAGUUAUUUCGUUUCCCAAGACAGCAGCUGCAAUUCAAGACAAUGUUGUCAGCUACGAAGAAAAAAUCUUAUGUGCUUGUGAUAGUUACCUUCUGUUCCAUACUGGUGCUGUUCUUUCUAUGUGUGAUCCAAGCUUCAUGCAGGUAUGUAAUCGAGCAAGUCGCGGCCUCUACAAUUUGCAAUUCAUUUGUCAUGCGAUAUUCUCUUCGACGAAAGUAUUUUAA